UUUCUUACGUCUCCUCCAAUGUUAUCGAGAAAAAUCUUCGCAACAAAACAAAUAAAAAUAAAAAUAAAAAUAAAUAAACGAGAGUGAAUCUCGACGAUGGCGAUUAAAGACCUGACGGCGGCGAACGGUGAUCCAACUCUUCCUCUGAUAAAACCUCCGCCGUCUGAAACAACCGGCGGCGACAGAACCUCUGCUCUUCAAACGCUCGGAAACAUUAUCGUCUCCAUCGUCGGUACAGGCGUCCUUGGCCUCCCUUACGCAUUCCGUAUCGCCGGUUGGUUCGCCGGAUCUCUCGGCGUCAUCAUCGUCGGAUUCGCCACCUAUUACUGCAUGCUCCUCCUCAUUCAGUGCAGAGACAAGCUAGAAUCUGAAGAAGGAGAAGAAGAAGAAUCGAAAACGUAUGGUGAUCUAGGUUUCAAAUGUAUGGGAACAAAAGGUCGAUACUUAACCGAGUUCCUCAUUUUCACAGCUCAAUGUGGUGGAUCAGUAGCGUAUCUAGUCUUCAUAGGUCGAAACUUGUCUUCUAUAUUCACUUCCUAUGGGUUAAGUAUGGUUUCUUUCAUCUUGAUUCUGGUUCCAAUCGAAGUUGGAUUGUCUUGGAUCACUUCUUUAUCAGCUCUCUCUCCUUUCAGUAUCUUUGCUGAUAUAUGCAAUAUUAUAGCGAUGUGUUUCGUUGUGAAAGAGAAUGUUGAAAUGGUGGUUGAAGGAGACUUCUCGUUUAGUGAUAGAAUUGCUAUUUCGUCUACCAUUGGUGGUUUACCUUUUGCUGGAGGAGUUGCCGUGUUCUGUUUUGAAGGUUUUGCAAUGACUUUGGCUUUAGAAAGUUCUAUGAAGGAUAGAGAAGCUUUUCCUAAGUUGUUAGCUAAAGUUCUUGCUGGGAUUACGUUUGUCUAUGUGUUGUUUGGUUUUUGUGGUUAUAUGGCUUAUGGAGAUCAAACAAAGGAUAUCAUCACGNGCUCUUUGCUGUUUAUGGUACGUACAACACAGUCGUCGGAGUGUGAAAAGGGAAAGCAAGCGAUCUUGUGUAAAGCAACGAUUACGAAUACAAGCACGUACAAGAAGUUUGGUGNACCUCCCUAA